CUUACCUCAUUAACUACAGAUAUAAUACAGCUGAUGCAGGCCUCUUCCGUUUAGUUUUACAAACAAGCAUCUGACAACAGCGUAGAAAGUUCACGAGCAUACAUCCAAAAUGCCACGGCGGCAUUUAUUGAGUACAUACAGUCUUGUGACAUUGAUGUAUUUGAUAGGUUUGACAAGCGGAUCUGAGGUGAGUAACUCAUAUGGCGGACAAUCAUCCGCAGGUGUAGGCCGCGAGCGAUAUGCGUUCUUUGCCCUGCGCAGCUGCCAUCAAGUCCUCCGCGAUGACCACGGCGAGCUCUUCUCCCCUGAUUACCUGUGCUCUCACCCCCCCGUGUGGUGCAACUGGACCAUCCAGGUGCCUCCUGGGAAGCGUCUGGAGCUCUACCUGGAGGACUUGACUCCUGCGGAUGCCUGUCAGCAGAAGAGCGAUCAGAUCCACCUGGAUGAGUCUCCGGCGGCUGCAGGAGGGCAGAGGAUCCUGGAGAGGUGCUGGAGGAAGGCCAGGUACACCUCCGUGUCCAACACGGUUCAGGUGGUGCUGCUCAUCGACGGGGACCGCCGCGUCCCCUACAGGGGCUUCUACGGACGCUAUAAAGCUUUCAGAUCCCAUUCUGAUACCAUGUAUGAAGACGUGAUAGAAGCGGAAUUAAGAGAUGAUGAAGAUGAAACCAUUACAGAUUCUCCACCAGCUGUGGAGAGAGACAUCGCAGGAGUGAACACACAGACCUCUUCUGCUGGACUGACCAGCUCUGUGAAGUCUGGAUCCUCAGUGACCGGUGAAAAGAGCUCCAGGGAUUCAUCUCCUGGUUACAACAGUGAAGAUGUGCUUGAUGAUGAUGAUGAUGAUGCAUACUACGAUGAUCAUUUCUUGGCAGCGUCACAAGAAGAAGCUGGUGGGUGGGCCGCUGAGACCGAGCACAACCAACACACGAGUGGAGCGGCUCAAAUACGGCCCAGCUAUCAAGCGGCUUACGCAGGGGUCUCCGAGAUGACCCUCAGUGCACACACACGCAUGCCACUGGUCAAACCCGCCGCCCGCUCGCUGUCCGCCAUGCGCAGGAAUGUGGAUGCACACUCCUCUGGUCAAACCGAGCCUGAUGCUGGAGGAGUGAGGAGGGUAAAGCUGGGACAGCAGGGCGAUGAGGAAGGUGUUUCCACUGAGAGCAGCGUCACACUACCUCUAAUACAACGCAAAUCAAAAGAGGAAGCUCUCUACCAGCAAACCUCACGAAAUGUCACCCACGACAGGCAUUUUCCUGUGGAGCUCUUGUUCGAGGUGAGCGUCGAGAUCAAUCUGGAGCCUGAACAUCGUGAAGAAUCCUCUUCUCUCAGAUCUGCUCUGGAGACCAUGAUACGAGAAGUAUUUGGACGUCUCUCUCCAGAAAGCAUGGACUUCAAAAGAAUAAAAAAGCUGAGUUCAGGCGUGUUGUUCAUCGUGUGGCUGCAGUUUGAGAAGGUGACUGUAGACCAGCAGACACACGGGGAUCUUCAGUCCAGACUGCAGGGGCUUCAGGGCAGAAGCGUCAAAUCCCAAACCUCUGAAACACAGGGCGUCAUUGUAUCCAUCUCUAGUGAAGACAUCAAUGAGUGUGAGACGCAGUUGGUGGUGUGUGACGCUCACGCGGAGUGUGUGAAUCAGUUUGGAUCAUACUCCUGUCGCUGCAUCCAUGGUUAUCAUGAGGUUCCUCAUGGGCCGGGAGCCAGAGUUUGUGUGGCGUCUGCUGAACCUUACUGUAGUUGGACAUCAUCAUCUCCCAGAAUCCUCAGGGGCGUUUACGCCAGCAUCGGCCUGAUCACAUUGCUUAUCGUGCUGUUCCUGUUGGUGGCGUUUCUUCUGUAUCAUCGAUACUAUAGAGGCUCGUUCCUUCCUCGCUGUCAGAAAUCAAGUGCUAGGAGUGUCGUGGACGCCGCUGCCAGUCAUGGUGACAACAAUAACACAGGAAGUGAUGGUAGUGGUGCCAACCCCUCCAUAUUCCCCCCUCCACAUCCAUCCAUGAGGAUGGGCAAAGACGGCCUCCGCUCUCUGGACCUGCCUUUAUUAGGCUUCAGCUCUCUGAUGCCUCCUGAUGGAUUCAGGAGUAAAAUACCUGCAGAGAAACGCCAGUUCUGACUGUUUCACAGUGUUACUGUUGUCUGAGAGUACUGUCACUAAAUACACUGCACCUCACCGAGUGUGUCUUAUCUGUA